CACUAGUGUGAUCUUUGGGUCUAACCGUUCGGAGCUCUUUUUGCUCAGAGCUAGCUAGCUAGCAAUGGAGCAGACGGCCUCCUCCACAUUAAUUCUGGGACGCCCUUCCUCCUCUGUAGCCGCGAAGGCGGUGCUGCUCGUGCUAAUCGUUAUUUACCUCGUGCUUAGGCUCAGGCCCAAGAGGCGCAAUAUCCUAUGCGGUGCUGGUGCCGGUGCUGGCGCGUGCUCGUCGGCCGCCACGCCACUCCCGCUCCCGCCAGGCCCCGUGCCGUGGCCGGUGGUCGGCAACCUUCCUGAGAUGAUGCUCAACAAGCCCGCGUUCCGGUGGAUCCACCACAUGAUGAAGGAAAUGGGCACCGACAUCGCCUGCGUCCGCCUCGGCAGCGUCCACGUCGUCUCCAUCACCUGCCCCAAGAUCGCCCGCGAGGUGCUCAAGAAGCAGGACGCCAACUUCGCCUCCCGCCCACUCACCUUCGCCUCCGCCACCUUCAGCGGCGGCUACCGCAACGCCGUGCUCUCCCCCUUCGGCGACCAGUGGAAGAAGAUGCGCCGCGUGCUCACCUCCGAAAUCGUCUGCCCGUCGCGCCACAGGUGGCUGCACGACCGCCGCGCCGACGAGGCCGACAACCUCACCCGCUACGUCCACAACCUCAUCACCAAGGGAUCAUUGUCGUCGUCGUCGUCGUCCGGUGGCGCCGCGGUGGACGUCAGGCAUGUUUCCAGGCACUACUGCGGCAACGUCAUCCGCCGGCUCCUCUUCGGCAGCCGGUACUUUGGCGAGCCCCGGCUGCACGACGACGGCGGGCCGGGGCCGUUGGAGGUGGAGCACAUGGACGCCAUGUUCACCUCCCUCGGGCUCCUCUACGCGUUCUGCGUCUCCGACUACCUCCCCUGGCUGCGCGGCCUCGACCUCGACGGACACGAGAAGAUGGUCAAGGAGGCCAACGCCACCAUCAACCGGCUGCACGACACGGUCAUCGACGAGCGCUGGAGGCGGUGGAAGUCCGGCGAGAGGAAAGACAUCGACGAUUUCUUGGACGUCCUCAUCACGCUCAAGGACUCUGACGGCAACCCGCUGCUCACCCUCCAGGAGGUCAAAGCGCAGUCCCAGGACAUAACAUUUGCAGCGGUGGACAACCCGUCGAAUGCCAUCGAGUGGGCCCUGGCAGAGAUGGCAAAUGCGCCAGAGGUGAUGGCAAAGGCAGUGGAAGAGAUGGACCGUGUGGUGGGCCGGGAGCGGCUGGUGCAGGAGUCGGACAUCCCACAGCUCAUCUACACCAAGGCAUGUGUCCGUGAGGCGUUCCGGCUGCACCCCGUGGCACCCUUCAACGUGCCACAUGUCGCGCUCUCUGACACCACCGUCGCUGGCUACCGCGUGCCCAAGGGAAGCCACGUUAUCCUCAGUCGCAUAGGGCUCGGUCGAAACCCAGCGGUUUGGGAUGAGCCGCUCCGCUUCAAGCCUGAGCGUCACAUCAAUAUGGCCGCUGGCAGUGAUGGUGGUGUGGCCCUCACGGAGAACGAGCUGAGGUUCAUCUCCUUUAGCACCGGACGUCGCGGGUGUGUAGCUGCAUCGCUUGGGACGGCCAUGUGCAUGAUGCUCUUCGGCAGGCUCAUACAGGGGUUCACCUGGAGCAAGCCAACGGGCGUGGCAGCAAUCGAUCUCAGUGAGGCGAAGCAUGACGUCUUUCUAGCCAAGUCGUUGGUGCUACAUGCCGAUUUGCGCCUGCGAGCGAACCUCUACCCUGCCACCACCAUCUAAUACAUGUUUGGAAUAAUUAAUUUUGCAAAUAAUGAGGUCGAGCGGUUGAUCACAACACGAGCUCAUAUCAGCUCUUUCUAUAGUAGAGCUGCAUUCAUACAAAGCUCGGUUGAUUUGAAAUAACUAUUUCUCAGUUGACAUUAAUAAUCGUCCAUCCAAGAUUUUCAUGUCCCUUCUAUACUUGCACGAAUCUCAAGUUUAGGUCGAAUGGUUUUUUGGAGCCUUAGAAUCGGCAAAGUAUCUCUUACAUGAGUAUUGUAUUUUGGGAUCCAAGUGUUCUUGCAUGACUCUUGUGUUUGAACCCAAGCAUCUCAAGAGGAUUUUGACCCUUCAAGCCCCUCAAAUGUAAUAAUGGAUUGGAUCACAAAUUCCCAGCUAUCGCUAGAGUGCUCUUCACUCUUCCCUAUCCCAAGCUUCGAUCCUUUUGUGAGGGAGAAGAGAGAUUUAAGAGAAAAACCAAUGAUCCGGCCAACCAAACCUUCAAGCCGAGAAUAACCCACUUGCCGAGUUUCCAUCGUCUCGGUUACUCUUGGAAUUUGGAUACCUGUAUACGUUUGGAG